UUUUCGUUUAGUGGCAACUGGAGCCGCCCAGUCCUGAGAUACAGAGAGACUCGUCUUGGCUGACGGAACCGCGGCGGUUUCCUUUUUGCCCGAGGGGAAGAAGACGGCGAUGGCCUUCACGCGAAGCUCCCUCCUGAGCCUCGCCGCCUUUCUUUGGCUCUUUUUGCUACUGCGGGGCGGUUUCUGUGAGGACUGCAAAAUAUUCAAAGAUUCGGAUGAAUAUUUAUAUUUGGGAAAACCUUGUCCAAAGGUCUGCUGUGGGUCCUGCAGUAGCCAGUAUUGUUGCUCCAACUCAUUAAUAAGCGUUAACGAAAAUUAUGAACAUAUAUGUAUUUUGCAAGCAGUAGAAAGCACAUAUCCAUCUACCCUGGGAGAACCAAUGAAGUUCAAAUCAGACUUCGAUGACUGGCCUUCUCCUGGACCCAGUGGGUCUAUUAUAGCAAUUGGAGUAUCUAUUUUCAUCCUGUUUAUAGUGACCAUCAUUGUCUGCUUCACCUGCUCAUGUUGUUGUCUGUAUAAAGCCUGCCGGAGGGAACCACGACCUAUUGUGACCACAACUACAGCCACUACUGUGGUACAGGUGCCGUAUCCUCAGCAGCCUGGAGUCCCAGUCAGUUAUCCUGCUGGAGCAUACCAAGGGUAUCAUCCUGUACCUGUGCAGCCACAGCCUGGAAUGCCAGCAGCCCCGUACCCAACACAGUAUCCUCCACCUUACCCUGCACCUCCUGCAGCACCACCAGCUUACCAUGAAACAAUGGCAGCCGGUGCUGGAGCUCCUGCAAUUCAGCCACCUUAUAAUCCAGCAUAUAUGGAUCCCCCAAAGCCUUCAUAUUAAAUGGACUGACUGCUGUGUGUCUAUGCAGAAACCUCUUCAAACUGAACCUGUUUUGAUGUGUACAUUCUUAAAAUAGUUCUAUGAUACAUUGUGGGUGGGGAGUUGCGGGGGAUGGACCUGAACACAAUGAGGUUUUUUUGUUUUUUGUUUUUUGGAAGAAGAAAAAAUCAGGUAGCACAAGAAAAGCGGAUCCUACGUGGAUUUGUUUUCUUAUAUCUCAAGCAAAUAAAAUGAUUGAAAGUUCUAAAAAAGAAAAAAGAUGUAAAGGCAAGAAAUAUGUAGAGUGGAAAUCAUUGAUACUUUAUACAACAUUGUGAGGUGUAGGAGAAGCGAGAGGCUGUGAUGAGACAUACAAUAAGCAUCUCCUGCCGUAACUUAGCCAGUAAUUAUAAGUGUUUAGAAACCAAGAGGUAUACUUCAAUAAAACUGUCAGAAAGUGAGGUGUGUCUUAAGGGAAAUAAUCUUAGAAUGCUGUUCGGUCUUUAGCAAGAAAUAGUGUAAGUUAUCUCUGUAUCUGUCCAUUGUGAGCAGCCACAUCGUUAUUCGCUUCACUGUAAUCUUUUCCAAUUUUAAUUUCCGUCAUGGGCAUACACAGUGUACCAAAGGCAGAGCACUUCAGCUGCCACUGCAUGAGAGCUGUUCAAUGAGAUCAUUAAUAACCCAAACAACAGAGGCCGGCAACAAACUGUUACAGUGUAUUGAAUACUUUUAGUAGAAGAGUGAGAUAUAAGUCAUGGUCGUCAUUAUAUUCUCAUGUCCAAAUUAGGGGUAUUCCUGUUCAAGGUGCCAGCCAGCUAGCCAUGUCCUCUUCCAGGACGGUAUAAGAUUUAAGGAACUCAAGCAAGCAGUUCACUGCUCCAAACCAAAGUUAACAUUCCAUGAGUACUGAGUAUGCUCAGUGGGGGUUUUGUAGGCUUGCUCCCUUAAGGACUUUUCUUUUAAGGUUUUAUCGUUUUACUUCUGCAAACUUUGGGAUUCUGUUAAACGUAAUGAUAUCUCCCUCUUGUUUCUCACCAGCUCUGAUUUGUCUACAAUCUUGUCAGCACUCACCAUCCGAGUUUGCUGUUAUAAGGAGUUAUUUGAUCUUGCAAUGACAAUGCUGUACAAUGUCUGGCUUUUUUCUGCCAUUUGAGAAUAAUCCAUUUUUAUUUUUAUUUUUUGUCUGAAAAGUAUUUGCUCAAUCCUUUCUUUCCUAUUGGCUUGGAUCUUGGAGCAAGUAAGCACAACAGAUAGUUGGAAUAUUGUCCUUGAAUAUAUAUUUAAAAUCCACUUACUGUUCUGUAAUUUAAUACUAAGUGGAAAAAGUUGAAGUGGAAGAGGUCCCCCCCCCCAUUUAAGUGUUCCAAUACAAAAACUUAAAAAUAAUCUCUCUGUGUUAAAUGAGCAUUAUAUUCUUGUAUUCAAAACCAUAAUUUGGAAUUUUGGCUGAUUGAAAAAUAGAAGAAUAAAACUUGCCUCAUGCAAUUAAGGAAAUUGAUUACAGUGCUUGUGGGAGAACAUUUUAUUCAUAUAUACAGUUUAGUGACCACUGUUACAGAAUUGGUUACAGAAGCGCUUUUAGCACUGUAAACUGUAUAUGCCCCCCCCCCAAAUAUUCCUUGAUGUAUAAAUUGGGACUUCAAAAGCAAACUGGAAACUGUACAUGCAUUGGAAAUUAUUGCUGUCUGGUGAAACACUUUGAAAACAUCUGGUUUAAAAUGGUUGAGAUGUACCAUUCUGUUACCUCUCUGUGUGCUGCAUCAUCUUAAUUUUAAACAGUUUUAACAGUGCAGUCCUAUAUAUGACUUCUCAGAAGUAAGUCAUAUUGAGUUCAUUGGGGCUUACUCCCAGGUAAGUGUGUGUAAGACAUUGUAUCUUAAAAAGAGUAAUAGCAGUUCAUUUUCAACUCUUGACAUCACACGUUAUAGAUGUCCAUGUCUGACUGUGUUUGUCCUUUUAUACGUCUCAAUAUUAUUUCACAAAAAUCUUAGCCAUCAUCUGUAUUUAAAAUACAGCAUUUAGGGAAUAUCAUUACCUGAGGAAAUCUAGUGUUGUCCUCUUCAUUUCUAAUAUUAAUACGCACAGUCUCCUAAAUUGUAUUUAGGAUGCACAAAGUAAGGCAGGAAAAGUAUGCUGAACAAAAACCUUACACUAAAACACAUUAUUUCAGGAAUAUAUUAGGUGUGAACAAAAAAAGAGAGAUUGAACUAAAGAAUAAUAGGUAUCCGUCAUAUGUGGCACAAAUAAUUACGUCAUAGUGCUAGUCCAACGUGAGGAUUUAUUUCAUUUAUUAAAUUCCUAUACCUCCCCAUAGCUGAUGUUCUCUGGGCGGUUCACAAAAAUUAAAAGCCAUUAGAAUACAUUACACAAGUACAAAAAAAAGCAUUUGCAUAAAAACAUAGACAACACACAGAGAGACAACAUAUAUCUAAAAAAAUGAUAUUUUAAACAAUCAGCCUAAGACAGUCCAAGAUGUAAUUAAAAUUCAUUAUAUGCUGCCAAACACCUGGGAGAAGAGGGCAGUUUUUACCGGGCAUCAAAAAGAUGGUAGUUUUGCCUCCAGGCAGGCCUCAUCUGGGAGAUCAUUCCAUAAUUGGGAGGCACCACCGAGAAAGCCCUCUCUAUUGUUGCCGCCCUCUGAGCCUCCCCUGGACAAGGCACCUGGAGAAGAACCUUGGGUGCUGAGCAUAGUGUACAGGUUGGUUCAUGCCAGGAGAGGCACUUCAUCAGGUAUUGUGGUCCUGAGCCAUAUACAAAGGGUUUACAAAUUCAGUACUGUAGUUCGAGUACCAGGAACAUCACAAACCACUAUCAGGUUUUUUUUUAUAUGAAAGAAAACCAUGCAAAGAAGGCAACUGGUCUAUUUUUGGACCUGUACUUUUUCAUAGCAGAUUGUUUCUAUGUAGUUACAAGAUUGUAGGGUUUUUUAUAUAUAUAUAUGAGUAAGCAAUUCUUUCAGAAAAGUUACUGUAACCUUCGUGCCUUCUUAAGAGUUGUUAUUUCUCUUGCAUUUUCCAACUCACGAAGUUACUUGUAUAAUGGAUAAGGCUGCAAUCCACACUUACCUGAGAACUUAGUGGAGAUUACUUCUAAGUAGAUGUGUUUAGGAUUGUACUGUAAUGCUUUUCAUGUAGGCAUAGACCUCUCUGUCUUCAUAAAGAUGCUGUACUACAUCUUAAUUUAUGAUACACAUUUUACUAAUGUUUCUGAUCAUUAUUAGUAUGAAAUACAUUUCCCUCACACUCAGUUUUAUUAUGAAUGGGAAAACAACCCAUGACAGAUGUGAUAUUUCUUUUGGACAUAGAAAAGGGUUGGUUUGUUGGUAGAUUUCCAUGUGUUAUUUCAAGCUUGUCUUUUUUUCUCUUAAUGUAUAGGUAGAAAUCAAACUGCUAGGAAAGUUUCCCCCUGCCUUCUUCAUGAAAGGCAUAUUUCAGCCAGUCUUGGAUUGUGCCAACGCCCUGUGCAUAUUUCCAUAUAAAGUUACUGCUUCUCAUCUACUUUCAGCAUUAUGCCAUGGCUCUCAGACUAUAGUUGGUAUCUUUAAAGCUUGUCUGCUUACUUUAUCCCCAGUACUAGGCAGAGGGGUUUUAUUAUUUAUGAUUGCGCCUAUUAAGAGUAUACAUCAUAAGUAAUUCCAAAUUUCAUUGUGACCCAUGAAACCCCAGUUCAUAUAGUCAUAUGAUUUUAUGUUGACAUGACAUUAAUAUACAAUAAGAACAUAAUUUGUCUGACAGUAUUUGCUUAUGUAUAGAAAGUAUUUCUUUGUUGGUAAGCCUGCUGUAACACUCAAGUACUGUUGAAAUAAAUAGCACUUGUGUGUUAGGAUAUAGAGGAAGGAUUCUAGCCAAUGAGAGAUUUUUAAUGUGUGUGGUAUAUAUGUCAAUUUCAUUACUACUUUUUUUUACUGAAGAAGAAAGGAAAUAGAAUGUAAGCUUUAAAUUGUAAAUUUUCUGUAUUUACUUUUGUAUUGUGAACUUUGAAAGUGCCUUUUUCAGACUUUUCUAACUGCAUUCAUAUAGUCAGUGUGCUAUAUCAAUGUACCAUGCAAUUUUUGUUGAUAUUCUGUGUUUGGUUUUUAAUCCUGCUUUGUAUGUUGUUGUUCAUAGUAAACAAGACACAUUCAAAAGUA